AUGUUAAUUUCGAAAUAUUUCACUACAUGUGUUAUAUCAUCUGUUUUUCUUUUAAGAAAUAUUUCUAUAUCCCCUCACCAUGAAAGGACCUUGGCUAACAGUGAAGCAGAAAAUGAAUAUCCCACUAACCUAGCUCCUGUAAAUACUAUAAAUGCUUAUAAUCCUGAAUGGGACAAUGAGUGGCAUGACCAAUUAAAUGAGGAUUGGGAAAAUUGGAAGUUAACUUUAAAUGAAGAAUGGCAUAAUUUUACAUCCUUUCUGAAAAAUGAUACGGAGGAUCUUUUACAAGAAAAAAAUAAUGAAUGGGAUGAAUGGAUUCAAAAAAUGCAAAAUAAAUGGUCAAAUUAUGAUCAAGUAAUGGAUAAAUUAUAUAAGUCUAUUAUUUAUCUUAAAUCAUUUUCAUGGAAUGAAAAUGAUUGGAUAGAAUGGAUUAAUUCUGAUUGGAAAAAAUUUAUGGGAAUGGAUUGGCACAGAUGGAUAAACGAUGUUGAAUAUGAUAUAGACACAAAAAUAGAAGAUAAAUGGGAUCAGUGGAAAACAGAACAAAUGAUGUUAUGGUUAAUGACUAAUUCAACAUUUGAAGAACAGUAUUAUAUGGAAAAAUUAGAAUCUGGAAAUCCCUCAUAUAGUGAUAAAAUACAAUCUUUUAUAAGCCUAUCUACAAAAAUAAGUAAAUGGAAAACAGAACAAUGGGAAAAUUGGAUACAAGAUAAAGAAGAAUAUAUUAAUCACAUUAAGAAUAGUAAAUGGUUACAAUGGAAAGGAGACCACUACUUUUUAUUUAAUAACUGGAGAAAUAAAUUUAUUAAAAAUUGGAUAAAAGAGAAACAGUGGGAGUUUUUGAUAAAAAAAUGUAGACAAAUUUAA